AGAUGUGGAGAUCAGUAUACUAGCCUUUAAUUAAGGAUCACCAUAUACCCACCAAAACUCAGCUUCUUCUUAAACUCUCCUCCAUUUCUUGAUCAACAUUCAUUCUUGAUUUCCGACGAUGCCGAUCAGCCGGAUAGCAAUCGGAAGGCCGGAGGAAGCCACUCACCCGGACGCCUUAAAGGCGGCGUUGGCCGAGUUUAUCUCCACCUUAAUUUUUGUAUUUGCAGGUUCAGGUUCAGGUGUAGCAUUUAGCAAGUUGACUGGUGGUGGUGCUAACACACCUGCCGGACUCAUUGCCGCCGCUAUUGCUCAUGCUUUUGGGUUGUUCGUGGCUGUUUCCGUCGGCGCUAACAUCUCCGGUGGACAUGUUAACCCUGCUGUCACCUUUGGUGCGUUUGUUGGUGGUAAUAUUACACUUUUACGUGGAAUUUUGUACUGGAUUGCUCAGUUGCUUGGCUCUGUUGUUGCUUGCUUGCUUCUUAAGUUCACCACUGGUGGCUUGGAGAUUGGUGCAUUCGGCUUGUCUGAUGGAGUUGGUGUAGGAAACGCAUUGGUACUUGAAAUAGUAAUGACAUUUGGCCUAGUCUACACCGUGUACGCUACCGCAGUGGAUCCAAAGAAGGGCAGUUUGGGAACAAUUGCACCAAUUGCAAUUGGUUUUAUUGUUGGAGCCAAUAUUCUGGCUGGUGGGGCCUUUGAUGGGGCCUCAAUGAACCCAGCAGUUUCUUUCGGCCCAGCAGUUGUGAGCUGGAGCUGGGCCAACCACUGGGUUUACUGGGCUGGGCCUUUGAUUGGUGGUGGGCUUGCUGGGCUUGUUUAUGAGUUCUUCUUCAUUAACCAGACCCAUGAACCUUUGCCCCAAUAAGCAAAGAUGAAAAUAGCAAAAUGUAAAUGGUGAAUUUUCUGUGUGAUUUUGGUCUAAGGGGUUUUAUUAGUCUCUGUUUGAUUUCACAAUUGCCCUUGGUUUGGGAUGAACUUGGUUGUAUUGUGUGAUGGUGUUUGGAGUGGGGUGGGAAGAGGGGGGGGGGGGGGGGAUUGAAGGGGUAUUUAUGUAAUUCAUGUGUUGGUUCCAUGUUUUAGCUCUUUUCAUUCUAUUGCAGUUUCUUUUC